GUAUGUUUGAUGUGAUUAGAGGAAAUGAAAUCGAUGGGUGAUGUCAUGGUAUUUGAGUUACGAAGCCUGGGACCUUGCACAAUGUUCAGUGGCUCUGCAGGUCUUGAUGCCCAGUACUCCAGUAGAAUAUAUCUACUCCAUGCAAACCAAUGAAUCUAGAUAUUGUACAUGUUUGUUUGGUUUUGAGGAGGAGGUUAAGAGCUCAUACUGCAGUGGGUUUUUUCUAAAACAAUCGAACUUCAAGAUUGAGAAUUCAUUUAUGAUGCUUUUCAGCCUGUGGAGUUCAUGUGCAAAGGGGAUCAAUUUCUGUACCCAGCAAGAGAAUGAGAUUGUUGUACCGUAUUAUCAAAACUUUUAAGGCAUUCUUCACGAGCUCUGAUCUCAUGUUGCUUGUCUUUGACCACAUGUAAGUAAGUUAAACACACUGGUUUUUGUGGGGGCAGAGUGAAGUUUUUCAGAUAUUUUACAUUGUUUUGGCUUUCUUGUAUAUAUUUGGAAUUGGCGUGUAGUUCUGCUAUUUGAUUGUGCAUACUCGUCUUUUUGCCAUCACCAUAAGUUCAUUGCCAACCCCUAUGUCCUAGACAUCUUGAUCCACAUUAAGUAAUAAUAUGAGUGGUUUGCUUCUGCAAUUACUUCAUGAUGCGGGAGCAUACUUCAUAUUAUAUUAAUAAAUUUGUCUAAUUACUAAUUGCUAGUAUGUAAAAUGCAAUCACACAUUUUUUUUUCCAUGUUAUUGUCUUUUAAACCUGAGUUAGUAAAUGUAUUUAUGAUUGCUAUCAUUUAGUAAGUAUUCCUAGUUCCGGUACUUUUUCUUUUCUUAAACUCAAGCCUUGUGUUUUUUGAUCAUGCAAAGAAAAACUAGUAGAGGAGCAGAGCUGCAUAGGAGUUUUGAUGCUGUGUUUGCUUUAGAGGUAUGUUCUUGCAUGUUCACACAAUUAAUAAAAAAAUAAAACUGACCUUGUGGGGAGCAGAUUUGUGUUCAUAUUGUUGGGUUUGAGUUGUUUUUGUGACUGAGAGGAGCAUUAGUCAGAGUAACUGUUGACAAUGUGCAUCUGGUCUGCCAUUAAAGUUGCUACCUUGACUUUGCUUCACCUUAUUUUAUUUUAUUUUUGAAAAGUAAGUUCUGGGUUUUGAUGAGAUUGCUCGAGCAUUUUCAUGUAAUCCAUGCUUCAGUAAAAAUAGUCGAUUGAUUCUUUUGCUUUAGUCAAGUGAUAAUUAUCUGUCCCUUUACAAUCCAUACAGCCAUUUCACUAUUUUAUAGAAACGUAGAAAGAGUUGCCCUUUUUGUUUAAUCUUCAUAAGCCAUCUUGUAUGAAACUCUUAUAGCUCUUAAAGCAUGUCAGUAUCUUCUUUUUCGUCUAAUGUAUUUGGGCUGAAGCAUUUUCGUUUCACUUUGCAGGCAACAAGAACCAAUUAUCAAAACUUUCCAGCUGUUUAGAGGAUAUAUUUCUAGAUAAUGUUUUUAGCUUUUUUUUCUUUUUUCUUUCCAUAUUGAAGUGGCUCCAAUGGCCUUGAUUUGUUCCAUAUUGAAAAGGCUCCAAUGGCCUUGAUUUCUAAUUUCCUAGUUUCCAAUGUAAUUUUUGUAAGUAUAUUGGUGAACACGGAUCCUAA